CCACCCUUGUGUGUGCAUUCUGAAGAAAUUUAGAGCUGAUAAAAGCGACCCCUGACCCUGAUGUUGUAUCUCGAGGUGGUUUCAUGAGCGGUGACGUUGCGACAUCGUGUGCAGCUCAUUAAACCACUUUUUCAAACAGCUGAUUUUAUCACGUCCGUCACACUGACAGAAACCACAGUGGUCUGACAUCUAUCAUCUAGACAGCAACAGGCAGCAGCUGAACCUCUGAAUGGGGGAGGGGCAGGUCAGGUUCUUUUCUUCCGCUGUUUGAUGGGGGGCAGAGUAGUGUUACAGGUGUGGUGGAGAUGCAGGUAUGUAUGUGUUUAAUAUUUCUGUUUGUGGAGUUAAAAUAAAAGUAUUUCAGGAUCAUAUCUGAGGCCAGGACUCAUACUGAACCAACUUGUCACAAAGUGUGUAGAGCACACAGUCAUUUAUCACUGACCCAAUUCUCAACUGAUCACGAUUGAUCAGAGAAGCAACAGCCAAUCAUACGUAAUCAACCCUCACUGACCCGACCAGAGCCAGCUUUUCAAUGUUGGCUGGGGUUAAUGGUUGCAGGUCAGACUCUGGCUCUGGUCCCUGUGGUCCACCGGGACCAUGUGUUUAUCAGCUAACAGACCAGCAGCAGCUCGUGUUGGAGGCUUUUUAGUUAAAUAAAAACAGACUUCAUUCUUUUACAUUUAGAUUUCUUUUAGUUAGAAUUCUCAUAAAAGGCAGUAAAGGACAGAACUGUGUGUAAAUAUGUGACAGAUGAAACUAUACGUGACUUAAAUUGAGAUAAAGCUUUGAUAAAACAGUGGAUAUGUUUUUAUGAAACCAUCAUCAUGAAAACACGAGUCAUAUGAUGUCAGAGAAAAUGCACUGAUGAUAUGAAGCUGAUGAGGAGAUAACAGAUGGAAACACGACGUGGUGUUAACGGAGGAGGAGAGGACAAGUCCAGCAGUCAGAGAAGAGACGGAGACGGAGACAGACGUCUACCUGGACAUGGAUCACCUGCUGCUGCUGCUGCUGCUGCUGUGGAGUUCAGGUGCUCAGUGUGGAACCACAGCCAAAGCUGACAUCAUGCUGUUGGUGUUGGAACCUUUCAGUGAGAUCGACUUUGAAACCGUCCGUUCCUUUAUUGCUGACAUCGUCAGAGUCUUUGACAUCGGCCCAGACAGAGUCCAGAUUGGUCUGAGUUGGUACAGGAAAACCCAAAACACUGUGUGGCACCUGAACACCCACCAAACCAAACAAUCCCUGCUGAGUGCCAUAGCCAACCUGAGAUAUGCAGGAAGAACAACCACCAGCACAGGUUGGGCUCUGAACUACAUCAACCAGAGGUUCUUUAAACCUCAUGUGGGAAUGCGUCCAGACUCUAAAAGAAUACUUGUCCUGAUCACCGGUGCAAAGUCCAGGGAAGACGCAAACCUCCCCUCACAGAACCUGAAAGACGACGGCAUUGAGAUCUACACUAUUGGUGUGAAUGAUGCUGACGAGAGUGAGCUGAGGUCCAUGGCCUCUGAUUCCAAAGAAUCUCACAUGUACUAUGUCAAGGACGUCUCAUUACUCCAGGACAUCUUCAGCAACCUCACCAUCAACCUCUGUAACAUCACCAAUAGCUUAGACUCUGUCAGGCUGGUGGGAGGAGCCAGUCAGUGUUCAGGCAGACUGGAGGUGAAGUCUAACCAGUCUAACCAGUAUAACCAGUGGUGGUCCUCAGUGUGUGAAGCUGACUUUGACCAGCAGGAUGCAAAGGUGGUCUGUAGGGAGCUUGGCUGUGGGGCUCCUUCAGUCCUCCAGGGGGCGCUCUAUGGAGAAGUGGAGGCUCCAAUGUGGACCAAAGAGUUCCAGUGUGGAGGCCAUGAGUCUGCUCUCCUGGACUGUAGAAGCUCAGACUCAGCUAGAACCACCUGCUCACCUGGCAAAGCUGUUGGACUCACCUGCUCAGAGCCUGUCAGGUUGGUGGGAGGAGCCAGUCGCUGUGCAGGUACACUGGAGGUGAAACUAUGGGAGUGGAGACCAGUGGAUGACUAUUACUGGACCCUGAAGGCAGCAGCUGUAGCCUGUAGAGAUCUGGACUGUGGCUCUGCUGUUUCAACAAGAAAGAAGUCCUCAAAGAGAUCUGUAUGGAGGAUCAACACUGACUGUGUUCACUCUGGAUUCACCCUGAGGGAGUGUUUAUCAUCAGAUUCCUCUUCCUCCACCCUGGAGCUCACCUGUUCAGACUCUGUCAGGCUGGUGGGAGGAGCCAGUCAGUGUUCAGGCAGACUGGAGGUGAAGUCUAACCAGUCUAACCAGUAUAACCAGUGGUGGUCCUCAGUGUGUGAAGCUGACUUUGACCAGCAGGAUGCAAAGGUGGUCUGUAGGGAGCUUGGCUGUGGGGCUCCUUCAGUCCUCCAGGGGGCGCUCUAUGGAGAAGUGGAGGCUCCAAUGUGGACCAAAGAGUUCCAGUGUGGAGGCCAUGAGUCUGCUCUCCUGGACUGUAGAAGCUCAGACUCAGCUAGAACCACCUGCUCACCUGGCAAAGCUGUUGGACUCACCUGCUCAGAGCCUGUCAGGUUGGUGGGAGAAGCCAGUCGCUGUGCAGGUACACUGGAGGUGAAACUAUGGAAGUGGAGACCAGUGGAUGACUAUUACUGGACCCUGAAGGCAGCAGCUGUAGCCUGUAGAGAUCUGGACUGUGGCUCUGCUGUUUCAACAAGAAGAGAGCAGUCCUCAAAGAGAUCUGUAUGGAGGAUCAACACUGACUGUGUUCACUCUGGAUUCACCCUGAGGGAGUGUUCAUCACCAUCAGAUUCCUCUGUCUUCACCCUGGAGCUCACCUGUUCAGACCUGCUGGUUCAACCAAUCAUCUCUGUGUCCUCCUCCAUGGAUGGGGUCUCCAAGGCCCAGCAGCAGGGGUAUUCAGGUGUGUUCAUGGGCUCCAACUUCACCAUCAGCUGCUCCAUCCAGCCACAGUACCCGGGAGGCUUCUUCCAGCUCACCUUCACCUCCUCUGGCACAACACAGAACUACACCCAGCCAGCUGUCAAUCAUUCCAGCCACUUCCUGUUUCCUGCUGCAGAGCCCGCCCACCAGGGAAGCUACAGCUGUGUUUAUCACGUCCACGUUUUUUCUCAUAACUUCUCGUCUGAGAGCCGUCGGCUGUCCCUCACUGUCUCAGAUUCAACAGGUCCCAUCAUCAGACUGGUCGUCGUGCCGCUGAGUCUGCUGUUGGUGAUCGCUGUCAUCUGUUUCAUCCUUAAGGCCACCAGGGGGCAGAAGCCAGUUCCACAGGAGACCAUAGAGCUGAAUGAUUAUAGCCUGGGUGUUUCCAGAGCUGAAGGAGGGCCGGCUGAAGAGGAAGGAGUCCAGGCGUCAGAGUAGGACCUCCAAGGAGCUCCUCUCACAUCCAGAUUUCUCAGCUGCCACACAACUGUCCAUCGGCUCAGUCAAGGAUCUGACCUUUUCACACAGACGUUCCCUUUAGAGUAGGGCUGCAGCUAUUGAUGAUUUUACUAAUCGAGUAAUCUAUCGAUCAUUUUAUCGAUUAAUUGAGUAAUCGGAUAAGAACUACUUCUGUCUUAUUAAAGAGCAAUAGAAAAUAUAAAAAAGAGAAAAGAACACAGGUCUUUUAAAAAGGACAACUAAUUGGUUUCCUUUUAAGAAAAAUAUACAUUUAAUGCUUACAUUGCUUACAAUAUUAUCUGUCAAAAAUAAAUCCAUUUAGUGCAUUUAAGUGCCAUAUUACAUUCUCAGAUUUAAAGAAGACAUUUUCCGAAAUGCAAAAACAAAUACAUAGAAAAAUAAGUAAGUCAUUUCAAAGUGUCAAAUAGGCAUUUCAAAAAUGCACACAAGGCAAAAAUAAAGCAUAAAUUAAAAAAUAAAUAAAAUAAUAUUGCAUUGCCUUGGUAAGUUGGUACACCUUAACUGUCGACAAGUUUUAACCUUACUACAGCUCAGACAUAAUGUAAACCUUGACUGUCUUCUUGGAACACUUUGUGGCAUUUCUAAGAGGCCAAAAAAAGUUCUGGAAGGAUUGUUUCUCCUGGAUGAGGCAGAUAGUGUCUGUGUGUGUGUGUUUGUGUGUGUGUGUGUUUCUAUUUCUAUUUGUGUGUGUCUGCAUUUGUGUGCGUUUAAGUCUUUAAAAGGAGCAUGUGGUGGUUGCAAUGAAGAAAAGUGAGCAUAUCAACAUGCUCAGAACUGAGAACCCUGCGCUUUCAUGCAAUGUUUCCUGCUGCAGAAAAAAGACGCUCUAAUGGCGUGGAUGUUGCUGGAAUACAGAGCAGGGACUUUGCCAGCUUGACUGAACACUGAUAGUCCUUGCCAUCUUGCUGUGAUCUGUUCUGGCACAUGCACCUGGAAUGACCUUACUGGUGCAGUCUCAAAAGCAGAACUCUCUAUGGACUUCUUAGGUCUUUGCACUAGCUGUGGAAGUGCCGAGAGUGCAUAUUGUUGUCCACUGAGAAAGGCCGUAGCUCCUUCAAAUGGCUCAAGGGCCUGGCUCAGCUGCUCAAUGAGGUUCCACUGUUCAGACUUGAGGUCAAGGUAGUGGUGUUUUCCUCUUUGAGUCACUGCUGGGUCUGAGAGUGCAGCAGUCACUGGCCAUCUUUGUUCCGGCAGCCUGGAUAACGUGAUAAGUGCUGUUCCAGCGAGUACUCACGUCUUCAACCAGCAUGUGCUGCGGCGUGCCCAUUUGCAGCUGCUUGUCCUUUAGUUUGGUGAUGGCCAGCUCAAUCUUCUUAAAGUGCUCAACUAGACAUCUUGCAGCAGCCACAUACUUGGAAAUGGCUUGGUGAUUCUUCAGAGCGCUUUGCACAACCAAGUUCCGGGUGUGACCUGCGCAUCGCACUGAUGCCCAUUCAUGCUUUUCUGCCAAAAUCUUCACUGCUGCUGUGACAAUGGCACCGUUGUCGUGAACAACAGCUUUGAUUUUUUUCUGGUGGAAUGUCGAAUUUGGCUAUAACAUCCUCAAGCCACCCAAGUGUCUCCUCAAGGGGCAUCAUUGUCAGGCUGUGGGACUCCAUCUCCCAAUCCUCCCCAAGAAAAGUGACAUGUCACCCCAAGAUACGCCUCAGUAGCAACAGUCAUCCAAAUGUCAGUUGUGCGUGCGUGUAUGUACGAGUGAGUGAGUGAGAGAGAGAGAGGGGCAUGUUCUUGAGCAAAACUUAGCUAACACAGGUACAUCAUAACUAGCCACCACAGGUUCUUAAUUAGCCAUUACGUAAAACCAACGUGCAUUCAUUACUAGCAUUAACUAGCACAACUACCAAACGUCGUUAACUUCACCUUAUGUCAGGUCCGCUCUGUGAUGUGGAUGCAUAGAUUGGAUGCUUUCUAGUGAGGUGCUGAAGCAUUGACGUCGUACUAUUGUGGUAGGCGAGCUCCGUUUUACAAUGGACACACUGUACGGAGUUGUCGGGUUUUUUAAUUUGAAAUGAUCCCAAACUUUAGACAGUUUCUGUCAUUUUCUCUGGCCUGUCUCUUCGCCUUGCGUCUCGCUAGUUUCGAUCUCUUUGUCCAUUUUCCAAACCGCUCCAUCAAACCGGGUGUGCCUUCACUCACGUAUCAACAGCGUAUGUAAAUAACUUUGCAUAAGCAACUGGCGGAAGCAUGUUGUGCAACAGUAAUAAUCAUUUGUGCGAAACAGGUUGACUACUGCGCCCUCAUAUGAAUUAAACAGUUCUUCGAUGUUUCUCAAAGAAUCGUUUCAGCCCUGAAGUAUCACUGAAACCCUGCAGGAAAAGCUUCUGAGGGAGAAAAUCAUCUGUGGUUUCAUCUCUCUUCUCCGUCUCAUGUGAUCAACCAACAGGUUGUUGCAGUCCAGCAUCGCUCCAAGAUACAGCACUGAUUUACAGGUAUAGAGACUGAAUUCACAGGGAGGAUGCUUUCUAAUAUAUUGAUACGAAUCAUGUUUCUUGAUCAAUAAACUUCAUCCAAAGUUCAGUAAAGAGAAAAAAACUGAAUCAGUUUCCUCUUCAGGACUGUUGAGACUCACUGACGCUCUAAGGCUGAAGCAGAGCAGACAGGAGAUCUGAUUGGACCGUUUGUCACACACAAGUCACCUGAUAAUUCCUAAGUAUGUGUAAAUAGUUGUAUUUAGCCAUUAUUAACAGCUGUCCAGUCGCUUCAUGCAGUUUUAAUCUUUUCGUCUUCAUUGUCUUUUAUACACUUUAGUGUUUGAGCAGAAAACAGUCAUUCAGAUGAAAUAUUUUCACUUCUCUUUUCUUGUACUUUGUUUUUGAGUUAAAGAAAACUUAAUAAAUGAAAAAUCAC